AUGGGUAGGACUACAAGGUCGUGGCCUCAGCUGGCUAGUGCCAUCAGCUUGGGUGCAGGUGUUGCAGCAGACACCGCUCGUCGUAUGCUACUCGGGGAAGCUGUACCCUCCGGGCGCUUCUAUGUUGAUCUCACCAAACUCGUUUCAUUGGAAAGUGCGGCAGUUUUGCCAGAUUGGGAGGUCCUGGAGUCAUGUGAGGUAGUCAGCCAGACCGCCACUACCCCACCUGUAGCAAUUCCUUCUGUCCCGGAAGAAGACUUCACAGGAGUGCUACAGCGCAGUGAAGCUGAAUACAUCGUCGCUCACGGUUGUCUCGCUCCUUCUGGAGGAAAUAGCCAAGCAUGGCAUUUUACUCUACGUGAAGGUCGCAUCGAUUGUAGUAUUCCCACGACAUACAAAUGGACUCAUCUCGACUUCGAAGGCCGCUCGCUGUUCGUGGCCAUGGGAGCAGGCAUCCAGAAUAUCGUCCUCGCUGCCCGAUCUAUUGGCCUCCAGGCUGAGGUUUUGCCCUCCACUGAGAAGUGUUCGGGAGAGGUCUGCAGCAUCACUUUCAAUCGAAUGGCUCCUGUUCAAGAAAGAUUGUUUACGGCUAUACCCAAACGCAUCACAAAUCGUCAACAAGCCCGGGUCGGAACGUCCUUGUCAGAUGCAAAGAUACAGUCCCUUAUCGACACAGCUAAACGCUGGGGAGCAAAGUUGACCGUUGUGACGAAUGAAGACCAGAAGCGUAAGGUAGCGAAUGUCAUUGGCACUGUCGACCGAAUCAGAAUGCUGCAUCCAGGCCUCCAUGAAGACCUCGGGAAUGAGAUUCAGUGGACACGCGAGGAAGCCCACAAUACUGGUAGAGGCAUCGGCAUUGACACCCUUGGUCUCGACACGACAGAUCGUGUCGGUGCAUAUCUGAUGAGUAGCUGGCCUGUCAUGGAAGUCCUCCGCGAUCUCAACCUAGGCGAGGACUUGAAGAGAAUGGGUGGCGGCUUCAAGUGCAAUGCAUUCGCGUUGUUAACCAUGCCAGAGAAAGGCUUGCAGUCCUACCUGCAAGGUGGGCGUGCGAUGGAGGAGGUAUGGCUUGAGGCUACGCUACAGAAUAUUGGGUUCUGUCCUUCCAGCAGCAGUCCUUUCAUGUUUGCACGUCUGGAAGAGGGUGGAGAAGAUAUCUAUUCUGAAAACGAGAAGAGGGCGUUGCAAGCCGCGAGAAAGGAGUUUCUUGAAGUCUUACCUGAGGCAGAUAAAGAGUGUGAGGUUCUGCUGUUUCGGCUCAGUGAAGCGGCAGCCCCUGAGACGAGGUCGUUACGGUGCCCAGUAUCAGAGGUGCUGACUAUUGUUGAGGGAUAA